CAGGCAGGGGAGAUAACAGAUUACAUAUGCUAGGAAUGCGAGAAGAAAUUUGUAGACCCAGGACAUCAAGAGAGGGAAGACUACCUGCUGUCAGAGGAGACACAAGAUCAUGGAGAUUUAUUUGUGGAAAGUUGUGUGUGUUGUAUGUGCUCUACUCCUAAAUGCUCCAGGCUCAUAUUCCCAGCUAAAUGUGUGUGGUCAGGCUCCGUUGAACAAUAAGAUUGUGGGUGGUGGAGCUGCUGCUCCCGGUGCUUGGCCUUGGCAGGUCAGCAUUCAGCUAAGAGGCAUACAUUUCUGUGGUGGCAGCCUUAUCAAUGAGAUCUGGGUCUUAUCGGCUGCUCACUGUUUCCAAAGCCUUCCCCCUUCACUUAUGACGGUCAAUCUAGGGAUCACAAACCUUCAGGGGUCUAACCCUAAUCAACAGCAAAGAACAAUUAUUAGACUGAUCAGUCACUCAGGCUAUGACUAUGCAACUAAUGACAAUGACAUUGCACUACUCCAGCUCAAUGCUGCAGUGACCUUUAACAACUAUGUCGUGCCGGUGUGCCUGGCAGCAACCAACAGUGAUUUUCCCCCUAAAACUAAUGUCUGGGUCACAGGAUGGGGUAACAUUAACUCUGACGUGAGUCUGCCGUCCCCUGAAACCCUGCAGGAGGUGCAGGUGCCGAUUGUCAGUAACAAAGACUGUGCAAAAACUUAUUUCAUCACAAACAAUAUGAUGUGUGCCGGCCUCACUGAAGGGGGAAAGGACUCAUGCCAGGGUGAUUCUGGAGGUCCAAUGGUGUUCAAGCAAAACACAACCUGGGUUCAGGCUGGGAUUGUGAGCUUUGGCUAUGGUUGCGCUUUGGCUAAUUACCCCGGUGUGUACACUCGAGUGUCAAAGUACGAAGACUGGAUUAACAGCUGGAUCACAACCAAACGACCUGGAUUUGUUGCAGUCUCAAAUGGUCAUCGUGGCUCCCCAAACCUCUUCUGUCUGUUCAUUUCUUUCUCCAUCAUCCCCUUCCUCCUCUCCCUCUCUAUUUUCUAGUGAUGAGAAGAAAAUGAAACAAAUCCAGAAAGUUUUCCAAAGAUUUAUACUGCAUCUCCAUGUUUUUAGUCAUUUUAGCUAAUUCUACUCCACUCCAAUUCAAAGCGACACAAUAUUUAACAUAUUCGCCUGCUAACAUCUGGGAUAACAAGUGAACUUGAAACCAACUUUUAAUAAUUGCUGUACUGUGCACUCCAAGAUAAGUAUUUUAUAUGGAACAUAUGAAUCAUGUGCACAAGUUAAAUAAGCUGUUUAAUAUGUUAUCUGCAAACUAAUUCAAGAUUUUACUAGGAAAUAUUUACUUGGCUUACUCAAUGACAGCAAUCCAAUCAUAUCAGAUGAGAAAAGAUAAAACUAGGGACAAGGAAAAACUGGAAGAACAAAGCACCAUCACGUCCUCAUUCACCCAGCAUAAAGUUUUGUAACAAGGUCAAUAAAACAAUAAUAAAUCUU